AUGGCUGACGCAGCCGACAUUCCAGGAAUGCUGACCAACAGCAUGAGCGGGAUGGGAGGCGCCGUAGAUUUGCUAACGUCACUCGUGUUUCGAUCUCCGGUCCAAGGCGGUUUUCCACCCGUCAACGGAUUUCCACGCGCCGAUACCUACGUGAACGGCGAUGACGACGCAGCAGCAGCCUUCGGCGAGUUCAACCAAACCGACAAUGGCACACAUCCUUAUAGUCACAUCGAUUUUCAGAAGAAACCCGCGCUUUUCCUGGCGCAAAGCGUGCUCAAUCUCGUGCUUCCCGCGUCGUCGCCGCUCUACCCCUUCAUCAUCACCCUCCUCUCCGCCUUUUCCCCCAUUUUGGAUGGCUUUUUACAACAAUACCUCCACAACGAUUUUUUUGCGGGCAGCGUGUGGCUCGUUGCGAUCGGUCUGGCAGAUGGCGCAGACCGUAAUAAGCCGAUCGUCAAGUUCCUCCCCAAGCUGAAGGCAGCGCAGCACAUCACAUUCAACGGUGCCAAGGUGUCCUUUCAAAUGCGCAACAGUCCGGGUCAGCUGGACCAAGGGGCUGAAUUCGGCGACAUUCUCCGCUCAAUGAACCGCGAGGAGCUCGUCAUCGAAGCGCCCUCUCAGGCCGUGCUCCAGGCAGUCGUGCAAGCCGCUACCGAUGCAGCCAUGGUGAAAAAGACCGAGAAGAAGAUCACGUCUGUGAAGCGGUGGUGUGCAGACCAAGACUACUGGAAGUACAUGGGUGAACGGGCGAGCCGGCCGGUUUCGACGGUGGUUCUGGAUUGCGACACAGCAGCUCUUAUCGAAGACGUGAAGCAGUUCUUAGCGAGUGCAAAGUGGUAUACAGACCGGGGUAUCCCUCACCGACGGGGGUAUUUAUUCCACGGGCCGCCGGGUUGCGGCAAGACUUCUCUAAUCCAAGCCCUAGCAGGGGAGUUGGAGUUUGGAGUUGCGAUAAUCAGCCUGUCUUCCUCUGGUAUGAGCGACGAUUCCUUGAGCAGUGCUAUGUGUGACUGUGACGAGCGGGACGUGAUUGUACUGGAGGAUAUAGAUGCAGCCUUCACAGCCACUAGGGAGAAGAAAGAGGGGAGCCAGGCGAACGGGCUGUCGUUUUCUGGCCUGCUGAACGCGAUUGAUGGGAUUGCCGCCCGGGAGAAGCAGAUCGUGAUCAUGACGACGAAUCAUAUCGAGCGAUUGGAUCCGGCGCUGAUCCGCCCUGGGCGGGUCGACUUCCGGAUGUUUCUCGGCCUCGCAAGCCGCAGCCAGAUCGUCCGUCUGUUCCUGAGAUUCUUCUCGGAAGCUUCUAAGAAAGAGGCGGAGCAGUUUGCAGGGUUGUUUGAGGAAGGAGAGGUGAGCCCUGCAGCUCUGCAGGGGUUCUUUUUGCUGCACCGGGGUAGCGCUGAUGCUGCCAUGACCCAUGGGCUGGCUUUUGUGGAGGGAGUGAGGGAGGAGAGGAGAGAGAGGGAGAGGAAGGAGGAGGAGAAGAAGAGGGAGGAGGAGGGGAUGAAGGAGGGGAAGAAGGAGGGGAAGGGAGAGGGGAAGGGAAAGGGGAAGAGGGGAAGGGGAAAAGGAAAGAGAGGUGAGAGGACAGACAGUGGGGUGGAAGAGAUUGUGAUUGAAGAGAGUGAUGCAGUAGGGGAGGAGGGUGAGAUUGAAGUGGAGUGUGAUAAUAGCGAAGUGAGGAGGUCUGAAGGGAAUGGAGAUGAUAUAGAGGAGAGUGGGACAGAGGAGAGUGAUGGGAUGGAGAGUGAUGCAGAGGAGAGUGAUGCAGAGGAGAGUGAUGCAGAGGAGAGUGAUGCAGAGGAGAGUGAUGCAGAGGAUGAGUGA